GGAAGUGGAGUGGGUUCCUCCGGUGUUUACCCCGGGAAUGUCGAGGACAGGAUGCUGAAGCCUAGAGGAAACCCUGACGGCAAACCCUCAGCACUCAAAGCAACUCAGCAUCAGGAACCUUAAAUGAUUAUGCAUAUCUGGCUGUGAGACGAGCCUUGGACACCCUCCACACAUUUAUUGCAACUUGGAUUGACGCUCUAUUUGGCGACAGAGCAGAAGCAGAAGCAUUGUAGCACCCCUCACACAGAGUGACUGCUAGUGAAGAAGGACACUCAUACACGUUCAAAGAGACACAACAUGAUGGAGCUGAGAAUCCAGCUGAUACCCACGGGAGAAAUCAUAUUGCCUCCAGGGAAUAAUGGAGAGUCUUGCUGCCAAAGCUUCAAUACGGCUGUGGGCAGCGACGGAAUCCGGGUCAUGAUGGAGAGUGCCCUAACAGCCAGGGACCGGGUGGGCGUGCAGGACUUUGUCCUGCUGGAGAACCACACCAGCGAGGUGGCAUUCAUUGAGAACCUCCGCAAACGAUUCAAGGAGAACCUCAUUUAUACAUACAUUGGUUCUGUGCUGGUGUCCAUGAACCCCUACAAAGAGCUGGAGAUCUACACUAAACAGCACAUGGAGCGAUACAGGGGUGUCAAUUUCUAUGAAGUCUCACCUCACAUUUAUGCCGUGGCUGAUAAUGCGUAUCGCUCCAUGCGGACUGAGAGACGGGAUCAGUGCAUCCUCAUCUCAGGUGAGAGUGGUGCUGGCAAGACCGAAGCCUCCAAAAAGGUUCUGCAGUACUACGCCGUCACCUGCCCAGCCAAUGAGCACGUGCAGACUGUCAAAGAUCGCCUGCUGCAGUCCAACCCUGUGCUGGAGGCUUUUGGAAAUGCCAAAACUCUACGUAAUGACAAUUCCAGUCGCUUUGGGAAAUACAUGGACAUCCAGUUCGACUUCAAAGGUGCUCCAGUAGGAGGUCACAUCAUUAACUACCUGUUGGAGAAAUCGCGUGUCGUGCACCAGAGCCACGGCGAGAGGAACUUUCACAUCUUUUAUCAGCUUAUCGAGGGAGGAGAGGAAGAUCUGCUGAGGAGGCUGGGCCUGGAGAAGAACGCCCAACAGUACCAGUAUCUGGUGAAGGGUAACUGUCCCAAAGUGAGCUCCAUAAAUGACCGCAAUGACUGGAAGUUAGUGAGGAAAGCCCUGAGCAUCAUUGGCUUCACCGAUGAUGAAGUAGAGGAGCUUUUGAACAUUAUUGCCAGUGUGCUACACUUGGGGAAUGUUCAGUACGGCGGAGAGGACAGUGGCAGUGCCUACAUCACCACAGAGACACAGAUUAAAUACUUAGCCAAGUUGUUAGGUGUGGAUGGCACUGUUCUUAAGGAGGCUCUAACACAUAAAAAGAUCAUUGCCAAAGGAGAAGAGCUGAUGAGUCCUUUAAAUCAAGAGCAGGCUGCUUCAGCACGGGAUGCCUUGUCUAAAGCAAUAUACGGUCGUACUUUCACUUGGCUGGUCAACAAAAUUAAUGACUCUCUGGCCUUCAAGGAUGAUUCAUUCAACAGUAAGAACGCUUCCGUCAUUGGUCUACUAGACAUCUAUGGUUUUGAGGUCUUUCAGAACAACAGUUUUGAGCAGUUUUGUAUCAACUAUUGUAAUGAGAAGCUGCAGCAGCUCUUCAUUGAACUGACUCUGAAGUCGGAGCAGGAGGAAUAUGAAGCCGAGGGAAUUACGUGGGAGCCUGUGCAAUAUUUUAACAACAAGAUCAUUUGUGAUCUUGUGGAGGAAAAGUUUAAAGGAAUCAUUUCCAUCUUGGAUGAAGAGUGUCUCCGGCCUGGAGAUGCCAGUGACAUCACCUUCCUGGAGAAGCUUGAGGACACUGUCGGUGGCCACGCACACUUCCUAACUCACAAGCUGGCUGAUGGAAAAACCCGUAAAGUGAUGGGUCGUGAGGAGUUCAGAUUGAUCCACUACGCAGGAGAAGUCAACUACAAUGUGAACGGCUUCCUGGACAAAAACAAUGAUCUCCUUUUCAGAAACCUGAAAGAGGCCAUGUGUAUGUCCGAAAAUAAAAUCCUCACUCAGUGUUUUGACCGAGAAGAACUCACCGACAAGAAACGCCCAGAGACGGCAGCAACCCAGUUCAAGAACAGCCUGGCGAAGUUGAUGGAAAUCCUGAUGUCUAAGGAUCCGUCUUACGUGCGCUGCAUCAAGCCUAAUGAUGCCAAGCAAGCAGGGCGCUUUGAUGAAGUCCUCAUCAGGCACCAAGUAAAAUAUCUUGGUCUGAUGGAAAACCUUCGGGUGAGGAGAGCGGGCUUUGCAUACCGCCGUCGCUACGAGACCUUCCUGCAGAGGUAUAAAUCCUUGUGUCCAAACACCUGGCCAAACUGGGAUGGCCGUCUGGUCGAUGGAGUGUCCACGCUCGUCAAGCACCUCGGCUACAAACCUGAGGAGUACAAACUCGGCCGGACCAAAAUCUUCAUCCGCUUCCCCAAAACCUUGUUUGCUACCGAAGAUGCACUAGAAGUCAGAAAACACAGCCUUGCUACCAAACUGCAGUCAUCCUGGAAAGGCUACAGUCAGAAAACCAAAUACUGUAAAAUGCGACAAUCAGCUAUCAAGAUCCAAGCCUGGUGGAGAGCUGUUCUGGCCUGCAGAAAAGCAAAGCGUAGGAGAGAUGCUGCCAACACCAUCCGCAGGUUCAUCAAAGGCUUCAUCUAUCGCCAGCAGCCACGUUGCCCAGAGAAUGAAUACUUCCUGGAUUACGUUCGCUACUCCUUCCUAAUGAAGUUGCACAGGAGCCUGCCCAAAACUGUUUUAGAUAAGAGCUGGCCAACACCACCCCCCGCCCUCAUUGAGGCUUCAGAGCAGCUCCGAAAACUCUGCAUGCAGAACAUGGUGUGGAAGUACUGCAAGAAUAUCAACCCGGAAUGGAAACACCAGUUGGAGCAGAAGAUGGUUGCAAGUGAAAUCUUUAAGGACAAGAAGGACAACUACCCACAAAGCGUCCCAAAACUUUUUGUGGGCACGAGGCUCAAUGGCGAGGACAUCAACCCUAAAUUGCAACAGGCUCUGGGGAAUGAGAAGAUGAAGUAUGCUGUUCCAGUGACUAAAUAUGAUAGAAACGGAUACAAAGCACGCAACCGACAACUCCUGCUCAUGGCAGACAGUGCCAUCAUUGUGGAGGAGGCCAAGCUCAAACAGUCUAUCGACUACAGCUCACUGAAAGGGAUUUCUGUCAGCUCUCUGAGUGACGGCAUGUUUGUUCUCCAUGUCGCUUGUGAAGACAAUAAGCAGAAAGGUGAUGUGGUGCUUCAGUGUGAGCAUGUCAUUGAGACUUUAACCAAAGUGGCCAUCUGCGCUGACAAGAUGAACAGCAUUAACAUUAACCAGGGAAGUAUAAAGUUCAACAUGGCACAAGGAAAAGAAGGGAUCAUAGAUUUUACAUCUGGCUCAGAGUUGCUGAUAGCCAAGGCUAAGAAUGGACACCUUUCUGUGACUGCCCCUCGCCUCAACUCAAGAUGAUGGACGAGUCCUGAAGAAGUACUUCCUGCUUUCUCACAGGAUCUUCCAGAUACGCUCCUUAUUUCAUCAAUCACAUGACUAAAGUUGGAGCUUCACUCUGCCAAUCAGACGCCAGCCAGCUGCACCAAAAGCCUCUGCUUUACGUUGUGAAAAUCGAGCAAACUUAUUUAUGUUUCGGGGGAUUAAUACUGUUAUAUGAAUAUUAUGAUGUUAUGUCAAAGCCAAGAAUAACAAUUUAUAUGUGCAUUUUUUUCUGCACCUCUUGUCUUUAUCUAGCUUAUUUGGGAAAAUUUGAUUUGUUAGAGAAGGUGACCUCAGCCAUGUUAAUGAGGUUAAAUCAGGGUUCAUAAUGAGUAGUUAUUCGCUUUGGUUUUAUUUAUGUUCACCCAUGAUUUGCUUUUACUUUUCCAUGGAUUCUGCAAUCCAAACCUAUUUAGAACCAAUACACUUUUGUGUUCAUAGGAAAGGUAUUAAUUACUUUUUGCAUAGAGAAGAUGACUUUGAGAUGUUCACUUGAACGGUUACACCUGUUCUACACACUAUUAGUUCAACAUAAUUUUGCUAACAAUAUUAGCUGAUGUGUUAAAAAGGAGGACAAACUUUUAGAGAGCGUACACCAAGUGCAUUGAGCGUGCGUGCCAUGUAUGAAAAGCUACCAAAAGAUCAUCAGAAAAUAUUUAUUUUCUCAGUCCUAAAUCUGAGUCUCAAAAUGUUACAGCUAGAAAGUAUCUUUGAUCAGAUAAGUGAUCUGACAAAAAAAGCUCACUGUAAAGCUUGUGAGAGAAGUUAGCCGUAAUAGUAGUUGUAUGUUAUCUACGAAAAUAUGUAACUUGGCUUGUUUGUUUCUCUGAGGCAGGUUUAUGUAUAUGUAGAUUAAAGGUAACAAAGCACUACUAAAUGUUGGCAAACCAAAUGUAAAUGUUAUUUUAGAAACCAAAAAGUGGAAAUUUGGCAUAUCCUUUGCACUGUAGGAUUUCAGGCACCUAAAACUCUUGAUAGUACAAUUGUUUGAUAUUGCCUUGAUGUUGUGACCAUCAAAGGACAAUGAUCAGAGAAACAUUGAACAUGUGCCAAUCAUAGCUGUUUUCAGUUGAGGAUGCUUAAAAGAAAACAGUGGAAGGAUACACAAUAAAUGCUGGUUUAUCAUAAGUGCCACAUGUAUUUAGAAAAAAUAUAUAUAUUUUUGACAUUUAUAAAAAAUUACAAAUAAAAAAUACCCCAAUACUGUCCACAAAAAACUUUUGGCCUCCAAGUUAAGUCAAUUCAAAGUUGUGUUUUUAGUUUUAUACUAUUUGUGUAAAAUGCCUGGAAGAAAUCUGUCAUUUUGAAGCAAACUGACAAUGUAUUUGAACAUAUUAAAGCUGAUUAAAAAAAUAAAAAGCA